AAACACAGCGUGGUAGGCGCUGGGCUGGCUCUGCAAGCUUUGCUUAAAAGAGUGAGUGAUAUGAACAACACAGUGGAAAAUGACAAACAACCUCGAUUUCUGAUCUCUUCUCUUUUUGAUUCUUCCAUUUUUCUUUUUUCUUUUAAUUAAGUCAAAUUACUGAGUUUAUCAUUGAAGCUCCCAUUCGCGUUUCCUCAUCUCGUUGAUUUCACUCUCGCAGCUUUGAUUUCAAUUUCUCUUAUUAGUGAAUCCAUUAAUCGCAUAUCUGUGAAGGAGGAGGAAGAGAGAUGUUGUGUGCUUGCUCAGGCGAGCAGUUCCGGUUCGACGACCAGCCUGGCUCCCCGGAGUCACUAGCCACCAGAGAUUUCUCAGCUAGUGGCCUUUCCUCUUCCAGAACUCGAGGAGGAGGCGGCUCCGAUUGGGACUCAAAGCUCGAAGAGUCUCAAGUGGACGAAGCUGAAUCCACUCUCAAAGAAGCUCUCUCCCUCAACUACGAGGAAGCUAGGGCUUUGCUAGGGAGACUUGAGUAUCAGAGAGGUAACUUCGAUGCAGCGCUUCAGGUCUUCAAAGGUAUUGACGUUAAGAUCUUAACUCCCAGGAUCAUCAAAUCCAUUCUUCACACAACAACUACUCCUCCUUCUUCCAAACCACCACCACGCUCCAGAGCUUCUCCUCCUCCUCCUCCUCCCACCUCCAUGUCAAUGCAUUCCGUCAGCUUGCUUCUUGAAGCUAUCUUGCUUAAAGCCAGAUCAUUAGACCAACUCGGCUCUUCCAAAGAGGCUGCAGAGGAAUGCAAACUAAUCCUGGACAUGGUUGAAUCCGCGUUACCAAGCGGCAUGCCUCGAGUAGGAACCAGCGGAGGAUUCGACAAACUUCAGGAGGUUUUCCACAAGGCGCUAGAGCUGCUUCCUUUGCUAUGGACCAAAGCUGGGGACUUUCGUGAGACCGUCGCUUCCUAUCGCCGUGCUUUAUCCAGACCGUGGAAUCUGGAUCCCCAGAGGUUAGCUGUUACGCAGAAGUCUUUGGCUUUGGUUUUGCUUUACGGAAGCGUUGUUGAGGCGAGCCCCAAGGAGAGCAUGGAGGAGGCGAUUGUGUUGCUGAUGUUGCUCGUGAAGAAGAUGGUGGUUGGAGGGAUACGGUGGGAUGCUGAGCUCAUGGAUCAUCUCGCUUACGCUCUUUCGGUUGUUGGGGAGUUUGAAGUGUUGGCGAGCUAUCUGGAGAAGAUUCUUCCGGGUGUUUAUACUCGAGGAGAGAGAUGGUAUUUGCUCUCUCUCUGUUAUAGUGCUGCAGGGAUCGAUGAAACUGCCAUCAAUCUGUUGAAGCUGGCUCUUGGUCCUUCUGAAUCGAAGCAGAUACCUCAGACUUCUUGGUUAUUGUUUGGAGCAAAGCUAUGUUCUGAAGAUCCAAAACACUCGAGGGACGGCAUAAGUUUUGCUCAAAAGCUCCUCGACUUGGCAAAUAAUCAGAGUGAGCAUCUUUUGAGCCAAGCACACAGGUUCCUUGGUGUAUGCUAUGGAAACGCUGCGAGAAGUUCAAAACUAGACUCUGAACGGGUUUUACUUCAGAAGAAAUCUCUCUACUCUCUAAAUAAUGCUGCAGCGAUGGCCAAGGGUGACCCGGAACCGGAUGUUGUAUAUAAUUUAAGCGUUGAGAAUGCGUUUCAAAGAAACCUUCAGGCGGCUUUGGAUGGCGCGGUUGAGUAUUCUAGUAUGGUGGGAGGAGUUUCAACUAGAGGAUGGAAACACUUAGCUGCUGUCCUUUCAGCGGAGAGACGGCUCAAGGAUGCUGAAUCUAUUCUGGACUUUACCAUGGAAGAGGCUGGUGACAUCGAAAAGUUAGACCUUCUGAAGCUGAAAGCUGUGCUUCAGAUGGCUCAAGAACAACCUAAGCAGGCGUUGAAGACAUGCAGCAAUGUGCUGGCUGUAAUCCGGGGGCAGGAUAAAUCUGAACAAUCUGAGACUAUGCUAAAGAAAUAUGAAACGGAAGCUUGGCAAGACCUGGCAUCUGUCUAUGGAAAGCUAGGUUCAUGGUCAGAUGCAGAAACAUGUCUGGAGAAGGCAAGAUCCAUCUGCUUUUAUUCUCCCAGAGGCUGGAAUGAAACAGGUUUGUGUCUCGAAGCUAAAUCACUUCAUGAAGAGGCUUUGAUAUCAUUCUUCAUGUCGCUCUCGAUAGAUCCAGACCACGUGCCCAGCAUUGUUUCUGUAGCAGAUGUUAUGAUGAAAUCUGGAGGUGAUACACUUGCAACCGCCAAGAGUUUUCUGAUGAACGCCUUACGGUUAGACCCUAGAAGUCACGACGCGUGGAUGAAGCUAGGACAUGUUGCCAAAAUGCAAGGCUUAUCACAGCAAGCUGCAGAGUUUUACCAAGCUGCAUAUGAACUAGAGCUGUCGGCUCCGGUACAGAGUUUCAAUUGACUUGCAAGGACUCAGGCAAAGCUAAGUGAAAUCUUCUUCAGGCUCUAAACAAACUUGCAGAGUGGCCGGUUCUUGAGGACAAACUUUUUUUGGAUGAUUAGAGUUUGAAGUUGUAACUUUGUUGGAUGGUUAUGUUAUAUAAGACAAAACGGGUUAUCUCAAAAUCUACCUAGAAUGAAUGUCACAAGCA